AUGUUCCUCUUGAUGAUUCCUCUGUUUAGCUACCUGGCUGCUGCUUCCCUACGAGUACUAUCCCCAAAUCCAGCAUCAUGCGACAGCCCAGAGCUUGGUUACCAAUGUAACUCAAAGACAACCCACACAUGGGGUCAAUACUCGCCCUUCUUCUCCGUCCCGUCGGAAAUAUCCCCCUCCGUUCCCGAGGGUUGCCGCCUCACCUUCGCCCAAGUUCUUUCUCGCCACGGCGCUCGCUUCCCAACUCCCGGCAAAGCCGCCGCCAUCUCCGCCGUUCUCACCAAGAUCAAAACCUCCGCCACCUGGUACGCCCCCGACUUCGAGUUCAUCAAAGACUACAACUAUGUCCUCGGCGUCGACCACCUCACUGCCUUUGGCGAGCAAGAGAUGGUCAACUCGGGCAUUAAAUUCUACCAACGCUACGCUUCCCUCAUCCGGGACUAUACUGACCCAGAAUCCCUUCCUUUUGUUCGCGCCUCGGGGCAGGAGCGCGUCAUUGUCUCAGCUGAGAACUUCACCACUGGGUUCUACUCUGCCCUCGUCGCCGACAAGAACCCACCCUCUUCCUCCCUCCCGCUUCCCCGCCAAGAAAUGGUCAUCAUCUCCGAAUCGCCCACGGCCAACAACACCAUGCACCACGGUCUCUGCCGCGCCUUCGAGGACUCCACCACCGGCGAUGCGGCCCAGGCGACCUUUAUAGCUGCCAACUUCCCGCCCAUCACCGCGCGGUUGAAUGCGCAGGGUUUCAAAGGCCUCACUCUUUCCGACACGGACGUGCUCUCGCUCAUGGAUCUCUGCCCCUUUGACACCGUCGCUUAUCCGCCCUCCUCCUCUCUCACCACCUCGUCCUCUACCUCGGGGGGAAGCAAGCUCUCCCCUUUUUGCUCCCUUUUUACCGCUCAAGACUUUACCGUGUACGACUACCUCCAGUCCCUCGGCAAGUUCUACGGCUACGGCCCGGGUAAUUCUCUGGCUGCCACUCAGGGGGUGGGGUACGUAAACGAGCUUUUGGCUCGCCUUACGGUUUCCCCGGUGGUGGAUAACACGACCACCAAUUCCACGCUGGAUGGGAACGAGGACACGUUUCCGCUGAGUAGGAACAGGACGAUGUUUGCGGAUUUCAGUCAUGAUAAUGAUAUGAUGGGGAUCUUGACUGCUCUGAGAAUCUUUGAGGGGGUGGAUGCGGAGAAGAUGAUGGAUAAUACGACCAUACCAAGAGAGUACGGGGAGACUGGCGAUGAUCCGGUAAAUUUGAAAGAGAGGGAGGGGUUGUUCAAGGUUGGUUGGGUGGUGCCGUUUGCGGCGAGGGUGUAUUUUGAGAAGAUGGUUUGUGAUGGGGAUGGGAAUGGGGAAAUGGUUCAGAGCGAGGAGGAGCAGGACAAGGAGUUGGUGAGGAUCUUGGUUAAUGAUAGGGUGGUUAAACUGAAUGGAUGUGAGGCCGAUGAGUUGGGGAGGUGUAGGUUGGAUAAAUUUGUAGAGAGUAUGGAGUUUGCUAGGAGGGGUGGAGAUUGGGAUAAGUGUUUUGCUUAG